AUGCGGCUACUAUGCGCAAAGACUCAAAAACUUGUCGAAUUUUUUGGUGAUGCGAUACCCCCGUAUGCAAUAUUAUCUCAUACAUGGGAAGACGAGGAGAUUACGUUCCAAGAUAUUACACAAGGGCGUUCUUACCGAGAGUCUAAGAAAGGCUGGUCUAAAGUGAUCAAAUGCUGUCAACAAGCGAUUAAAGACGAUUUCGAAUUCGUAUGGAUCGAUACAUGUUGCAUCGACAAGUCAAGCAGCGCGGAGCUCCAAGAGGCAAUCAAUUCCAUGUUUAAAUGGUACGAGAUGUCGCUCGAAUGCUAUGUAUAUAUAUCCGACUUGAGCCACCCUGGUUUGAACGCAGAGCCCCAAGAGAUACAAAAAGCGUUGAGAACAUAUACCCGAUCACGAUGGUUCACUAGAGGUUGGACACUUCAAGAGCUUCUUGCUCCGCAGUCAGUCCGUUUCUUUGAUUCUGCUUGGCUGGAGUUUGGCGACAAGAUUUCUCUCCGGGAACAAAUCGCUGUGGCAACUGGCAUCUCCCAGAAGGUGCUGGUUGACUCUGUCAUCGAUGCACGCCGGGCCAUGGAUUUUAUCAGCAUCGCACAGAGGAUGUCGUGGGCGUCGAAUCGCACUACGACCAGAGAGGAAGACAUCGCAUACUGUCUCUUGGGCAUCUUUGACGUCAACAUGCCGUUGUUAUACGGCGAAGGGCACAAGGCUUUCCAACGCCUCCAGGAAGAGAUCAUCAAAAAGUCCGACGAUCAGUCCAUCUUGGCAUGGGGUUUCUGUCGUGACGACAGAUUCUUGUGGAGAGUCUCUACAGCCCUGGCUCAAUCGCCCUUGGAUUUUCUCGACUGUGGAGAGAUGGUAUCAAGAGGUGCGGCAGCCCCUGGAGAUGGCUUUUCGAUGUCUCAGAGAGGACUUCGACUCGAUCUUCCAGUUUAUGGAGACUUUGACGAUGGAGAUAUAGUCUAUUGCGUUUUAAACUGCACCCUGGCAGCGAAGGGCACAAAGGGUGUCGCGACUCGUCUACUUGCUUUACCACUCGCUCGAUGCACAUCGCGGGCAGAUGGAGCGAAACCCAAGCCGGACGAGUAUUAUCGGCUGUGUAAUCGAAUCCCUCAUUGGGUAGAAGAAAAUGAGAUUGCCGCAAGCAAGAGGAUGACAAUAUAUAUAGCAAGUUUCCACCGGCAUGGAGAUUUGAUUCGGCCUCGGCUGAACUGCCGUCUGGCAUUCAAAUCUCCGCCUCGCGACUACUUUAUCGCAGGCAUGUUUCCCCCGGAGAGAUCUCUCAAUUCCUUAUUACACCUGACGCUGUGCAAUCAACUUGAUACAAGUUUCUUGAUAGUACAUAUUGCAUCAAAUCUCCAAUUACCUGGCUACUUGGUUGUCAUCAAAUGCAGACUCAAUUCGAGCCAAGACGACCCUGUAACGCCUGAUUCACUGAGCCAAGAGGAUUCAAUUUCCGACAGCCUGAACUCACUAUUCGAUAGCCUAGACUCAAAUGCGCAUGUCCCUCUUCCCUUGAACAGCUCCGAAGUCAGAGAAAAGAUAAUCGAGUCUUUUGCCGUCCAACUCCGUUUAGACAAGUCCAAAAUCAACAGUACGACUACAAUACGGGAGCUAAAUUUCGACUCACUCUCAGCCAUUGCUAUCCAUUGCGAAAUAGAGGAGCGCCUUGACAUUGAUUUCGAUGAAGAUAUCCUUUUUCGCUCAAAAACUAUUAAAGACGUGGAAAAUAAGUUCCGGUUUGCCAUGCGAUCUCACUCUCGAAACUCCCCAAUGCUACAAAAAGGCCAGAUCAAGAUUCCUCUAUGCGAAGUUGACAGCCCUCAAUUUGCUAUAGUGGAGGUAGCACCAGAUGCAUCGUUGGUUAAGCUGCUGGAGAAAGCAGACUUGUUGGAUACUGCGCAAUACACAAACAAUACUGACAAUACUUCCGAAGCGGUUUUACAGCUGUCAGAAGAUUUAUCUUUAAUAGCUGAGUUUGAGAGCCAUCAUACUGAACAUUCUCUCACAUUAGAGUUUAUUAGGCACCGCUUUUAG